UUUCUCGAUCACUCCCGCCGGGCCGAGUCUUGGUCUGAGGCACCGAUCAGCUGGUCUCGCCAUUUUCUCCUGUCCGGCUAUUGCAUCAUUUGUGUCGCCCCAGAAAAACACCGCCAACAUGCAGGGCCUCUCCUUUUCCAGCUUGAAGAAACACCCCUCCCUCAUCCCCUUGUAUGUGUGCCUGGGUGCUGGCGUUGCCAUGUCGUUCUUCUACACACUGCGGUUGGCCACCAGGAACCCUGACGUCACCUGGAGGCACGUGGCCAACCCUGAGCCCCAGAAGGAGUGGUCAGACAAGCAGUACAAGUUCUACUCCCCAGUCCGUGACUACGAAACUUACAGGGCCCCCGUCCCCAAGUAUGAAGAGUAAGGUGCUGGUGGACCUAAGUGCUUCUCCUCUUAAAUUAUCCAAAGGAAAGUGUAGGUUUUAGUGUGGGUGAAAUAUCACGUUUUUAUAUGUUGUACCUGGAGAUUUUAUUUUUUUGGCGGAGGAGAGAGGGAUGCAGAGUAUGAAGUACUUGUUACUGCAAUGUGAACCGACAAUAAUAUCUUAUUUGCUGUAAUGUGAACCGACAAUAAUACUUUGUUUGCUGCAAUGUGAGCUGACAAUAAUUAUUUAGUAGUGAAUGCCAACAUGUUUGGCUACACCUUUUAUUCACCACUCACUUGUACAGAAUACUGAAGUGUGGGGGAGGAACAACACCCGCCUCCCUUCAGACACUUUAGCAUUCCUCGUGUACAGUUAAGUUGUAUAAAAUAUGUGGAUAAAAUAAAAAAGACAAUGUA